UCAUAUUAUUCGGACCCUUUGGAGCGCGCAUGACAUCUGCAAAUCAUGCGGUUCAUCAUCGAGAGCGGGAUGUCGUUCAACAACACGAAGCUUGAAAGCUUCAAACGCAUGUUCACGAUGAUAAUCCCGCCGGGGGUUCCAGGGGCGUCCGCGCCUAGACUUCCCUCGUACCACAUGUUGCGCACGACCCUUUUGGACGAGCUGGAUAGUGAGGUCCAGAAGUGUGUUCGGCCGGUGCUUGACACGUCGAGAGAGACCGGUUGCACAAUCAUGACCGAUGGUUGGACCAACAUCCGUGGUCAGACGUUGUGCAACUACCUUGUUGGUACAGAGAUCGGGGUGGUGUAUGUGUCCACCGACGUCAUGCGUGGCAAAAAGGACGCCAUUGUCCUCGCGAACGCAUGGUUGAAAAGGGUGAAGUCCAUGGACGUUCAAUUGAGCGACAUCACGGCGUUCGUGACGGACUCCGCCGGGGUGAACGUCGCGGCGAUGGAGGUAUUCCAAAAAGAUGAGAGCGUGAAACACAUCUUCUGGAUUCCUUGCGUCGCUAACAUCAUGGAUCUCAUUCUCGAGGACAUCGGCGGGAUUGAUUGGGUGGCUUCCCUCAUUUCUCAAGCGAGGCUGGUUACAAGGUUCUUCAAGCGCCAUGGACAUGCGAGAGAGGUUCUUGAGGCGCACUCGACGAAGACUCUUCUGCUACCGGCGGAGACGCGUUUCGGCACGAACGUCAUCAUGAUGGAGAGGCUGGUGGCACUGUGGGCCGCAUUGACAGAUGUUGUGGCCGACGAUCGCUGGCGCGAGACUGUUUGGUCGACCAGCAAGAUCCGCAAGGAUGCAGCGGAGGUCACUGCAUGGCUGGUGGUCGGGGACGUGGCGGCCGUGGACGAGCAGGUGUCGGAGGACGUACACGUGGCGAUGCGGGUUCCGCUCCUGGGACUCGGCGACAGCGGACGGAUGGUGGCAUUCGCAGGGCCCGCAUGCGUUGGGACGAGGGUGACUUCUUGUUCGACAGCACAUCCAGCGACGACGACGAUUUCUUUGCGUCGGGAACACAUGCAUCCACGGGUGAUGAUAGAGGUGACGCUGACGACAGAGGCGAUGACAGAGGCUAUGGUGAUGACAGAGGUGAUGGCACAGGGCCUGGGGGCUGUCUCUUAUACACAUCUAGAUGUGUAUAAGAGACAGGGUGAGGGGGGGGGUGAUGGUGGACGGAGCGGGUGCCGUGGCGAUAGGGUUGACGAGCGUGUGGACGGCGAUUUUAUGCCCCGUGGUCGCUACGUUUUGAAGCGGUUGAGACACAGGGGUAGGCUGGAUGACAGUAUUGCGUCUCCUGUACGCAGACGUCGUGUCCACAUUGCGAUCGACACGGGGGCACGUGACAUGCGGCAGGACCCGGUUGUCGUGUCAGAGGACGAGAUGGGAGAUCCUUCCAACGAGACGCAGCGCGACCCGGUUCAUGCAGAGGAGCUAGCCUCGAACACUGAUGUGAUAGUGACGGAGGAGGAUACAGGGUUCAGGAUCACUCAUCCCCGGUCGCCAGCGCCGCUUGUUGGCACAGAGGAGGAGACGGAGUUCGGAGGACCCGGUCCACUCCGCCAGGCGCAGACUCGGUGCACUCCAGCAGGCGCCCCAGUCCACUCCACAGGAGCGGGUUCGGAGGACAGCGAGGCACGACGUGAGCCGCCUCCUCACACGAGUGACGGGGGUCUAGAGGAGGGAGAGGUUGCACCCACUCCCACUUGUGGAAAGGACGGGGAGGACGAACGUCCUCCGACGGACCACCACGUCGGCCUCGACUGCCCGCCCGACAGUCUUCCGCCCACCGACGAGCUAUUCACCAUGGAUUCCGCCUUGGCAUCUCUGCCCGAUAUAUCGCUACUGAUAUCUCCCACUUUGCCGGUUGUGGCACCACCGGAGCCUGCUAGAAGAGAUGACGCGCGUCGUGACAGAGGGUUCGACGAGUUCGGCGGCGACACGAUACUGCAUCCUCCAGAGUCCGGCACUCCCGCCAUUUUUCAUGUCGGUGCACCGUGGGCGGUGGAGCAGGGGUUGGCGGAGGAGGUAGCACGGAACCGUUGUGGUGGACCGCACGUCGCAGCUCAACGUAGUCUGGAAGGUUCACUAGAGGCAGCGUCUGGAGAUUGUUUGGCACAGGGGGGUCAUGGUUCGCAGCUGUUAUCGGACGGCGUGUCAUCAGUCCAUCCACCAGAGGAGGGCCCGCAGCAAGAGCCACAUCGAGGGCCAGCGGAGACUUUAGAGGCGAGGCCUCCCGGAGUUAUCCGCUCGGACGGAGGCGAGGGCGUGAGCGAGGAUACAGCGCAGCCAGGGAGCGCAGAUGGUGGACGGUCCUUCAGGGGGGGCAUCGAGCGCAGAGGGUCAUCGACCGCACACCCCAGCAUUGUCAGGCCCAGCACACAUGACGUUGGAGACGGGCACACAGAUGAGCCUCAACCGCAUCUGACGGGGAUGCGUGGCAUUAUGUGUCCACCACCCUCACGCCCCUCUGCCGCUCAUCCUGCCGCCCACGGGCAGGCCGCGCCGAGCACAUUGCCUACGAGGUCUUUUUACGACGGUGCGGGCAUGGACCGGAGGGCGGGCGAUAUCGGACAGACAUCGGCAUAUGGACCGGCAGAUGUGCCCGCGGGGGCACGAUCGAUCGGCAACGUCGAUGGCACUUGUCAUGAUUCCAUGAGAGCUUACGAGGAGCAGCAUGGGAGGCCUAUACGGGCCAAGACAAGCGAUGUCAACGACACCAGGACGACAACUGCGAGGCUGUCACGGGCGAGGAAUCAGGGAACAGGGACGAGACCAGACAGAUGCCAGCUGCCGCAGAUGGACAGGGAGGGGCGGAGGGAGGUGACAGAGUGGACGAAGCAGGUCGAGGUGAGAAGAGACGAGGCGGCACGAUCAUCCUCCACGACGACAGCUCCACAGCCGCUGACGAUCCUGAUGACUCCGAUUACGUCCCGAGGAUCCGUACAGCGGACGGAGAUGACGGCGGAGGUCGUCGCGUGAGGAUGAGGACUGGACCUGGCCCGGAUGAUCAUUGCACCCCAACG